AACGAACCACGGGCACUUUGGUCUAUAUAAGCUAUGUGUGACACAGACAUUCUGCAGACAGGACUAGGUUAGUGAUCUCAGAUAAGGCCGUUUCAUUGCAUUCAGCCAUUUUUUGGACAUGGGACCUCGCGAUAUUGCAGCUGCGCUUCUUUGUGUUCUCAUCUCCUUGGCAACAGCAAGCGGUAGGGAUGAGGUGGGAUCUCAACAAAGCGAAGAUCUGAUUGGUCAAUUGCUGAUGACAAUUCAGAAGCUAGAAGAUCGAGUGAGAGUGCUGGAGGCAGACGCCAUUCAAGGACGAAAAGAAAUCCAUGCAUUAUCAGACAAGUGUGACUCGCAAAUACACGAACAUGUAGGACUGACAAAACGUCAAGGCUCCACUCGUAACGCUUUCUACGCCUAUAUGAACAACAACUUGCAGUAUCCUCAUCCGGAUACUACUUUCGUUUUCGAUAACAUCCGGACUAACGUCGGUUCCGGUUACAGCAACACAUCGGGAGUAUUUACAGCCCCUCAUGCCGGGACUUACGUGUUUACCUGGACUAUCACCGUGGAUUCUAAUUCUUAUGUUUUCUCGGAACUCACCGUUAACUCUGUUGCACUAGGAAACGUCAUCACGGACAGCCAGCAGAACAGCGAGUACCACAUGACAACAGGGGUGGUGGUCGCCCAGUUAAACUCUGGGGACCUCGUUAGGGUGCGCUCUCGCCCCGGUAUCAACAUACACGGAAGUAUACUCAGUGCCAAUUCACACCGAUCUUCCUUUUCCGGUUGGGAGCUCUACUAAACUUCCAGUUUUCAUUUUGAAAGAAAUGUAAUCGAUUUUAGGUCUGAUUACACUGAAUGUUUGUUUUUGUUACUAAUACUAGUUUUGAGUGAUACCUGAAUGCAAUUUUUUUUUCUCUUGUUCUGAUAAACCAUAAACGACUACUUAAGUUUCAGAUGAA